UCCCGCCAGUGUGUCCUGGAAGUUUUUGAUAAAUCGUCGGUUCUCCUACUCAAGAAAAUAAAGAAAAAAAGAAAAAAGAGAAAAAGGAGAAAGGGGUCGUUUGAGGCCUGAGCCUUUGUUGCACAGAGGGGAGAAGGGAAAGAAGCGCAAAGGGUGGCUCUGUUUUUCUCAGUUAUCGAGGGAGAGAAGAGACUCCCACACACCAUCUUCUCUUCAAAGAGGACUUGCUUUGCGCUAUCUUUCUGCAGGUUUCAAAUGCCAUUCUUGUGAUUGAAGGUGAAACUUGAAUUUAACAAAUACAGAAAAUGAGUUCCAUGGUGGUCAAACAAGUUGCUGAUGCCAAAUUUUAUGAGUAUGGUAUGAGAAACAACGGGAAUAGUGGAGUCUGUGACAGAAAGCAGCAACUGCAGUCAGGCAAAAAGGUGGCAUUGAGAGAUUUACAGAAUCAAACUGCAAAUUUGGUUCCAAUGACCCAGGGAAAUUCUCCCUUGCAAAAAGAUGUAGACAGUUCCAAGUUAUCGGGUGGAAAAAGAGCAAAACCCACGUGCUCAAAUCCUCAGUGUCAACAGUCAAUAUGCAGUUGUUCAAAGGAAAACCUUGUCUAUGUUCGCAGGAAAUUAGAGACGGAGUCGUUCAAUCUAAAUGUUUGUGAUGAUGGUGGAUUCAAUUCAGAUGCUCAUACUGAUGAAAACAAUUUGGGUGGCUCGUUUAAUGAGCUGCAAGGAUCAAAUGCUUCCCAGUUUCUGAUGUUUGGUUCAACUCCUUUUCCCUCACUGCAGCCUACACAAGAACCUUCAUUCUCCCAUGGUAUUGGGAAGCUGAGUGAUUAUGUGGAUUCAGGAGAACCAAACAACACCAGUGCACAUCCCACUACAGUUGAUUCUCAAGGGAAUUGUCUUCAGCAUUGGAAGGAGCGCUUUGUUCGCUUGCAGAUAUUUUUGAAACAAUGUGACGAAGCAAGUCGUGAUGACUAUGUCCAGAUGUUACGGUCCCUAUCAGCUGUUGGCAGAAGCAGGCAUGCUGUUGAGCUGGAGAAAAGGGCAAUCCAUCUCUUGUUGGAGGAAGGUAAAGAGCUGCACCGCAUGAAGGCUCUGAAUGUUCUCGGAAAAUCUCUGCCGAAGAACAUGACCUCUCUUUCUCAUCCUCACUCUGUACAGGCAGUUUCAGAAAAUAUUCCAUAGAUAGCAUGGGCUGCUGCCCUAAUUCAUGCAAGCAUAGGGGGUGUUAGGGGGUCUGCAAUAGAUGAGGUUGAUUUGCUGAACUUUCAGCUUGGGCAAAUGAGAGAUAUAAUGGGUAUUGGUACCCAGCAGAGCUAAACUGUUGGUUUUUUGUUUCCAUUUCAGCACAGUGACGAUUCUUAUGCUCAAUGCUUUACAAGUUGCCAUGUCUCAACAGGCUGUUGCAAUCUAGCAUAAUUCAAGGACAGGAAAACGCUGGUUAAAUGAAACUCUAUAGAAUUCCUGUGGCAUUUUUCAAUGAC